GGUGAGAAACCGCUAUCAGCCAGAAAAUAUUACCGACCUGGAGUCCGUUACAUGGGUAUACAUUAACAGAAAUCCCCGUUGUUUAAAAAAGUACUUAUUUUCGAGGUUCGGGGCCUCUAAGGGAAACUCACAGACAACAUGCCCGGGGAAAGGUAACCGUACUCGCAGUGCUGCUGCCUCCUCAUCCGGCUAAAGGACGGAGCAAGACGGCUAGAAGCCAAUGGAGAGGCCGGGUAGGCUGCUGCUGCAGUCGGAGCUCCGCGUCAGAAAUGCCGCGUACGAUGUAAGCCUGAGCCGGUCACUGCUCAUCUGGAAGAGACGGGCCUCUAGUCCCGUGUACCACCCGUUCAGACCCAGAUUUUGUGUUCCUUUGUUUCUUCGUCGACCUGAUCCAGGUGUCUGCCACAGUGUCCCAGUGUCAGAGAUCAUCUCUGUCAGAGAGGAAGAGGAGGAGAAUGGCAGCAGACAAAGAGACGAUGGCAGCUGGAAAAAGAUCAGAGAAAGAGAGGGAAAGGACUGCAGGCAGGCCUUCACAGUGUUGUACGUGGAGAGGUGUCGGCAGCACCGCUGGCGGUGUGCUGAGGUCACCUUCACUUGUUCGGAUGAGGCGGUGUGUCAGCACUGGGUCAGCAGCAUCAGAGAGCAACUCGCCAGUAACACCAGCAGACCAAAACAUCUGCUGGUUUACAUAAAUCCAUAUGGUGGGAAGCGUCAGGGAAAACGGAUCUACGAGCAGAAAGUUGCCCCCCUGUUCACACAGGCUGGAAUCUCCACCAGUGUUAUUGUGACAGAGUACGCCAAUCACGCCAGAGAUCACUUGAAGAUGGAGGCAGAGUUGAAGAAAUUUGAUGGUGUGGUGUGCGUUGGAGGGGACGGCAUGUUUAGUGAGAUCAUCCACGGACUGAUCUGGAGAACACAGAUCGACUGCGGCGUAGAUCCAAACAGUCCAGAGGAGGCACUGUCUCCCUGCUCCCUACGCAUCGGAAUCAUUCCUGCAGGUUCCACAGACUGCAUCUGCUUUGCUACUGUGGGCACAAAUGACCCCGUGACCUCUACACUACACAUCAUUGUGGGAGACUCUCAGCCGCUGGAUGUGUGCUCAGUUCAUCACAACAACAUGUUCCUGCGAUACUCUGUCUCGCUGCUUGGAUAUGGUUUUUAUGGCGAUGUGCUAUCAGACAGCGAGAGGAAGAGAUGGAUGGGGCCUGCAAGAUAUGACUUCUCAGGUCUGAAGAUGUUCCUGACUCAUCAUUACUACGAAGGAACAGUGUCCUACCUGCCAGCCAGAGGUAUCAUAGGAACGCCACGAGACGCGACCAGGUGUCGAUCUGGGUGUGUAAUUUGUCAGCACAAUGGACAGCUAAAUUCAGAGAGAAGUGAGAAGUAUGAGAUGGAUGAAGCAUCGGACUCUGAGAGUAGUGGCGAGUGGAGGACGAUUCGAGGAAAGUUCCUCGCUAUAAACGCUGCCAGCAUGAGCUGUGCUUGUCCUCGCAGCCCUAAAGGCCUCUCGCCUGCUGCCCACCUGGCUGACGGCACCACAGACCUCAUCCUCGUCCGAAAAUGUUCCCGUUUCAACUUCCUUAGACACCUCCUACGACACACCAGCAAAGAUGACCAGUUUGACCUUACCUUCAUUGAGGUCCAUCGAGUGAGGCGUUUUCGUUUCAUGCCACGUCACUGCCAAAGCGACUCGGACCUGGAGUUGGACUUGCAUGAGAAUAGCAAGCGGCAGAUCUUCAGCCAGAUCUGCAAAGACCACCCAGCUUGUGGCUGUGCACCCGCCUACAGCAGCUGGAACUGCGAUGGCGAGAUCCUGACCCACACAGCCAUUGACGUCAGAGUGCACGGCCAGUUGAUCAAGCUGUUUGCUCGAGGGAUUGAAGAACUGCCAGUGUUUGAGGAUCUCACCAACCCCUGUGCAAUAUAGAUCUCCACCAGUCUGUCCCCAGGCAUUGGAGCCAUCUGAUUAUUGCCGCCGCCUAAAGCACUGCUACCACCUCCAUCAUGUGAUGCUCAUCACAUCUUUCACUUGAAAACUCAACUGGCUAAGUUACAUUGUUACUCAACAAAUGUCAUCAGCGUAGUCAGAAAUGAAAUUUUACUUUCCAGGUCUGAGGAUUUAACGUGAUUUCCUCACAGGUGGGAAGUGAUGCUAAAACUGAUGAAACUCUAGAUGCAGAAAGUAAAACAUCAACCUCAGAUUUUGGAUUUUUUGCUAGAUGACUGUUGGUGUUUGUUUGGAAUGGUUGUUGGGUGUUUGGUACCAAAUUUAUUUAAUGUUGAACUCGGGCUUGAAGCUGAGACUUGCACAGUUUUAGAGUGAACUCAAAACCAAAGAAACCAAAACUCACACAAUGAACUUGUCCAUGUCUGCACAGCCUAAAUUGUCCUGUAGUUCUUGAGUCCUGCGAUAGUGAGGUCCUGCCCCUCUAUGCCAGUCUUAUUUUCUCUUAACUCAGACUUGUUUUGAUUUGAUUUCAUUCUUUCUUUGUUGUUUGUCUCAUUAUUUUACUUAUCAACUCAGAUUUGACUCUCUCACUGACUUGUUUUUUUAAUCUUGUCUUGUUAUGAUUGAUAUGUGUUCAGCUUCACGUUUGAUGUUGAAACAUGUGUUAAUCACAAGUAAUGCUAACUUGUUUUAUCAUUAUUGGUGUUUGUUUUGUGACAAAUCGUUGUCCAGUCUCGCUUCCAUCUUCUGUCUGUUUUGACCAGUCAUGGGUACUGUUCCUAAUCGUUUUCAGUCAAAGCUCCAACUGUUAAGCUAGUUAAAGUGUUCAAACAUGUGGGCUUUGAUUUUGAUCUGUCACAAGUGUUUCAAUAUCUUGCUCUUGUUAUGGUCUACUUUCUCAGUUUCAGAUGUUCGGAAUUAACUGUUACAUGCCAGACACCCUACAAUCAUUCCCAGAGUCAUCUGAUCAUUAGAGGUUUUAGCUCAUUCAUUAAAGGUUGAAGGAAAUUGGGUCAGUAUUUACAGAAAAUAAUUCUGAUGAGACUUGAGACUUAAGAAAAAAAAAUCUCAAAGAUCCUUUUCAGUCUCAUUUCAGUCAAGCUGGUCAUGACUGGGUAAACUGAGCAGCGCACAAAUAAAUCCUUUUUAUCUUCCAUUUCUGCUGAAUAUGCAACUCAGUCUGAGUACAGACACAAAGAAAGAAAAAAACAUGAUGCUUUAACAGCAGUUUUACACACUAACUGUACAAUAAUAUGUAAUGUCUGUGAUAUGUGAGCUCAAGCUGUAGCUGUAAAAUCAGUUUUUCUGUAGUAAAGCAUCAUUUUGAAUUCUUUUGUCAGGUUAAUAUUGCUUCAUCAAAAUCUCAAGGUGGUCAUCUGAACCUUCCAAAAAUCAAAAAAAAAAACAUUUUAUAGCCAUUGCAGUUUUUUUGUUUGUUUUAUGUUGGGGGUUUUUUGGUUUGUUUUUUUCAAAACUGUUCCUCACAGUGAGACAUUAAAUGGCCAAAAGAAUGCAGACAGCUAAAAAACAAUGACAUGUGGAUGAAACACAUAGUCCAAAGCUACAGGCAUUAAUCUCCUGCAAUACUCUCUGUAGUAUGUUCCCAUUGAAAGUCACAACAGCAUUACUGGAAUCCCGUAUUGAUAUUGUAUGAAGGUCGGACUCAUUUUAGGUGCUGCAUUUAACCUGUGAGAGGCUCUAUAAAGGCCAAACUACCAUUUCUAUACUACCUAAGCACCCUGUGCUUAACUCUAUGGGUUCAGUUAGUUUAAAGUGUGUAUGAGCCGUUGCAACCCUGCUUUAGAUGAUAUGCUAAAGCUCUGAUGUCAGCAUUACUAGUCAAAAUGUCACAGAUGAAAUCUGCUCUGUAAAAACUUCUGUUCCUGAAGUGCAGGAACAUGAAAUAAUUCCAGACAGAAUUUAUGCCUAAGAAAAAUCUGAAUUGCUGUUAGACACUGCCUAAUAGAAACGCACAAUCUUUGGAAUACUGGCAAAGGGGUAUUUUGUUAAGAGUGUCUUCUUUCACAGCAUCACAGGUGAAAAGGUUAGGGAAACACUGCAACAAAAGCUUUCCCUAAAGAAAGGGAAGGCUGUAAGUGUUUAAUCCACACAUACUUGAGUUUUCUUGGUAAAUAAAAUUGUGGUUAAAUGCGCUACUUACUGUGAGAAAUGGUUUGUUUUUCAAAACUGUGGUUGUGUUGAAGAAAUCUUCUUUGUAAAGUUCAAUUUGGCCACAAAGAGAACAUUCACACACCAGUCUCUUUCAUUUCUAAAAACCUUCAGCAAACAUCGCUGAGCAUGUCGUAGCCCAAAAGCCUCUGUAGCCACUGCUCACUGUGUGCACAAGAUUAAUCGAUGUAGAAAACGAAGAAAUGUAGCAGCCUUAACUGUUAUGUUAGCCAUCUUCAUGGUGACAUUCUUUGUGAGGUUUCAAGAGAGGUCUGCCUAAUUCUUAUAUAGACAUAUUUCUGUUAUUAUUGUAUUGAAUCAUCAUGAUCAUCCCAGAGAAUAACUGUUUGAAUCAGUAAUGUGGAAAUUUAACAGAGAGAGGAAGCUGAGCAUCAGCACUGGAAUCUCAGACUGUAGAUGGUGUUUCCUUUCCACCCAUGUUGAGCUGGACUCAAACUGAUGGAGAAGGGAACCAGUAGCAGCUGAUGAUAAACUGCAACACCUACCAAUCAGCUUUCAGAUUUAUUCUUGUUAAUCGGACCGAAUACCAGCAGGGGAUCACUGAUGUAGCAGUUUGUCUGUGAUAGAUGUAACUCAGGCCAGAGGUCUUCAGAGCUCCACAACCUUUGAAACCAACCAAAAUACAUGGAAUAACAUCCAUGAUUUAGGAAAGCUGGUAAACUGGGUUAUAAGGACAGGCCUGUGUUAACUGGAAUUAAAUAGACCUCUGAAGACCUUCAGCUGAGCUGCCUUUCACAUGCUGAUUUAGCUUUUAAAGUUGUAUAAAUCAAUAGUCACUCUGCUGUAACACCCCCUUAAAAAAGCCACCAACCAAAUACAUUAAAACGUAUCCACAGAGGUCGACUGAUGACUGAAACAAAUAUAUAUUUGCAUUUAGCCAACUAUUAAAAUGUGUUCCAUAAUUAUAGCUUUAUUUAUUAGUCAAAGUAGAAAUUGGUAAAUUAAUUUGCUUGUUUUCAUUAAUUUAAAGUACUGGAUUGAUGCUAUAGCCGCUGAGCUUACUGCUAACACUCCAGCCAUAGUAGCUAGUCUUGCAAGCAUAGUUUUUAACGAGCAAUGUAGCAAAACUGUCCAACCUAGCACAAUGCUGGAUUACACUGCAAACACAGUGAGAGAAAUAACUCCAGAAAGGCUUGGUUAGGUAGUGAGCACUGAAUCUGUCAUCAUAGGACUUUAUCUGUCAACUUAGUAGUACUUACACUUGCUAAUUUGGGCCUAUUAGGGUAUGCACAUAGACAGUUGUGAAUACAAUCAGUGCACUAAAAAAGUACCUGAAUGGGGUCAAGAAGCUGUGUGUGAAACCUCUGACCCUCAUCAACAAACCAGUAGUGGAGGAUGCAUUGUUGGUGCAGAUAGAUUUCACAAGUAUCUAUCUGGAAUACAUGUGUUGCAUUUCUUUCUUUUUUGUUGAUGCCUUUGAUGAAGACAUCAGGUCAUCAGUGCAUGUUUUGCUUUGUGUCUGUCAUUUAAUACUAUUAAAAGAUUAAAAUUCAUUUACAUGUCAUGUAAAAUUUGCAUGAUGCCACAGGGAUCAAAAUGUUGCAAAGAAAAAUAAAAUGGUGAUGUAACUGGGAGUUCCAGAGAAAGUGAUUACAUUUGAAUCUAUAGAGGCAGAUGUAACCAUGUCAUCUGUAGUGUUGUUACACAUGUAGAAUGAACUGCGAGCAGUAUUUUUAGCACUUAUUAAUCUUAUUUACUUUUCUGAUUAAUAGUGUAUAAAAGCUAAGUGUCCAUUCUUUUCAUAUCACUGAGUCUAUUUUGAGCAUUCUUUUAACCAGCCCUGUUCCAGUUAUGUGAAGCACUGUUUCAUUUAAAGGCUCUCCUGCUUACAGGGAUUACUAUAAUCUCCAACACUGUAGUUCAAUCUGACACUGAGCACUAGUUUGAUCUGGUGAAUCAGUCGACCUCUAGCUGUAAUCUGAGCUGUAACUUAUACCUUCUGCUGUAGCUGUUGCAUUAUCAACAAAUAAAAUAUUUUCAACACUUCA